AUGAGAUGCACACAAAUAUUUAAUCAGUUCCUGGUGCUCUCUUGCACUUUUGGAUCGGCCAAAGCUUUCAGCUUGUCGUCUCCCACCAAAUUAUCCAAACAAUCGAAUGUAGCUUUGGGAUCUUCAGCGGUGGAAGCAGUGUCUAAUGCAGUUUUGGGAACCCCAGCUACUGCCUUUGAUGAUGGAAUUUGCCCCUUUGAAAUCACAACACCUAUCUAUUAUGUAAACGACAAGCCACACAUUGGACAUGCAUAUACAUCGACUGCAUGUGAUGUGAUUGCAAGAUUCAUGCGACUCAGCGGCAGAGAAGUCUUUUUUCUGAGUGGAACAGACGAGCAUGGUCAAAAGGUUGAACAAUCGGCUGAAAAGAAGGGAGUGGAUCCGCAGGAUUUCGUAGAUGAAGUGUCAAAGAGCUUCCGAGAACUAUUGGAUCUGAUGAAUAUUUCCAACGACAAGUUUAUUCGAACGACAUCACAAGAGCACAAAGAAUCAGUUCAGCACUUAUGGAAGACACUCGUCGACAAGGGAUUCAUUUACAAGGGCACAUAUUCUGGCUGGUACUCGGUUCGUGACGAAUGCUUCUACAAUGAGUCCGAGCUGGUGGAUGGCAAGGCACCAACAGGUGCUGAAGUCGAAUGGGUUGCCAAGGAGGAAUCAUAUUUCUUCAAGCUGAGUGAAUUCGAAGACAAAUUAUUGGAACUUUACGAGUCUAGUCCCGAUUUCAUUGCUCCCAAGUCAAGAAAGAAUGAAGUAGUUUCUUUUGUCAAGGGGGGGCUUCGAGAUCUUUCUGUCAGCCGAACAUCAUUCAAGUGGGGAGUGCCAGUUCCAGGGGAUGAAGAUCACGUGAUGUAUGUAUGGAUUGAUGCUUUGGCGAACUAUAUGUCAGCUCUGGGUUACCCUGAUGAGUCUCCGGAAGGAAAUUUCGCCAAGUACUGGCCCGCCUCGGUGCAUAUUGUAGGGAAAGAUAUUCUGAGAUUCCAUACUGUUUACUGGCCCGCCUUCUUGAUGGCUGCUGGAUUGCCAGUUCCAAAACGAAUUUUUGCUCAUGGUUGGUGGACCAAGGACGGUGAAAAGAUUUCCAAGUCUCUAGGCAAUGUCAUCGACCCUGUAGAUUUAGUUGAGAAGUACGGGGUGGAUCCGACACGAUUCUUUUUAAUGUCUGAGGUGCCUUUUGGUAACGACGGUGAUUAUUCCGACAGUUCCAUGGUUUACAAAUGCAAUGCCAAUCUUUCAAAUGAAUUGGGCAAUAUUUGCCAGCGUGUGUGCACAUUGGCAUAUAAGAACUGUGAUAACGCCGUUCCCCAACCUGGUGACCUUACCUCGGAAGACGAAAGCUUGUUGAACUCUGCAAAAGCUUUGCGGGAAAAGGCCGCAGAAGCCAUUGCCAACCAAGCUAUCAGCCAGUAUUCUCAAGCAAUGGUCACUAUGGUAAAGGAGGCAAACAAAUACAUUGAUGUUAUGGCGCCUUGGAAAUUGAAUAAGGAAGACCCUAGACGUAUGAAGACGGUACUAUAUGUUCUUUUGGAAGUGAUCCGAUAUUCUGCUAUCCUUUAUCAGCCUCUUAUUCCAGACUCAGCAAACAAAAUUCUUGAUCAAAUCACUGUUCCAAAAGAUGAGCGGACCUUUGCCCACUUGGAAUCGAGCCCCGUUCAACCCUUGACACCCAUGCAACCACCUGUAAGCGUUUUCCCACGAUUUGAAAUUCCCGGGGAAGCAAACACUGCUGGGAAGACGGAGAAACCCAAGCCCAAGAAAGUGGCUCAGCCUCAGGUGAACCGAGAAAUCGAUAUCUCCCAACUUGACAUACGUGUCGGUGUGAUCACAAAGGCAUGGGCACAUGAAGAGGCGGAUAAGCUGAUAUGCGAAGAAAUUGAUAUCGGUGAGGAAUCUGGGCCACGUCAAAUUGCUUCAGGUCUACGAGAUUUCUACAACGCAGAGGACCUGGAAGGCCAAAGGGUUCUGGUGCUAUCUAACUUGAAGAGCCGGAAACUCGUUGGAUUCCCUUCACAUGGAAUGGUCCUUUGUGCGUCAAAUGGCGAAAUGACAGAAUUUGUAGAGCCUCCAGCAGAUGCUGCCAUCGGAGAGCGUAUUUCUACCGAGGGCUUCAGUGGCGAGCCAGCGUCAGAAAACCAAGUUGGCAAGAAAAAGAUGCUGGACAAGAUAUUCCCCGACUUGAAGACCGAUGAUGAUGGUGUAGCAACAUUCAAGGGAGUCCCAUUAGUUACCAGCGUAGGACCUUGUAGAGCGCAGAGAGGAAUGGCUGGAGCAGAGGUAGCGUAA